GGUGACAGGGUCACCGGCGAGUCUGCAGAGCUGCCGGCGCCAGCGUCUGGACUGGGAGCUCCUCGAGUCAGGCGGGUUUGGAGAGGCCGUGGCUCCGGGUCGCUGCGCCCGCCGCUCGUCAGCCGCGUUGGUGCGGCUCUGAUGCAGCGGCAGGCCCGGGACGCCCGAACCUCCGGAGGAAUUUAAGAAGAUUUCAUUCAUGUGUAUAGCAUAGAAGAUGAAUUCUUCCUCCACCACCAUGAAUGAAGAGCCUGAUGCUUUAUCGGUAGUUAACCAGCUUCGGGAUUUAGCAGCAGAUCCAUUAAAUAGAAGAGCCAUCGUCCAGGAUCAAGGAUGUCUGCCUGGCCUUAUUUUAUUCAUGGACCAUCCCAACCCCCCUGUUGUCCACUCAGCUUUGCUUGCUCUCCGAUAUUUGGCAGAAUGUCGUGCAAACAGAGAAAAGAUGAAAGGAGAGCUGGGUAUGAUGCUAAGCUUGCAGAACGUUAUACAGAAGACUACAACUCCAGGAGAAACAAAACUUCUGGCAUCUGAAAUCUAUGACAUUCUUCAGUCCUCCAGUAUGGCCGAUGGUGAUAGUUUUAAUGAAAUGAAUUCACGUCGAAGGAAAGCUCAGUUUUUUCUGGGAACUACGAACAAACGUGCCAAAACAGUGGUUUUGCACAUAGAUGGUCUUGAUGAUACGUCUCGGAGAAAUCUAUGUGAAGAGGCUUUGCUAAAAAUUAAAGGUGUUAUUAGCUUUACUUUUCAAAUGGCUGUUCAAAGAUGCGUGGUGCGAAUCCGUUCAGAUUUGAAAGCAGAGGCUUUGGCAUCAGCAAUAGCAUCAACCAAGGUCAUGAAAGCUCAGCAGGUUGUGAAAAGUGAAAGCGGAGAAGAGAUGCUGGUUCCAUUCCAAGAUACUCCUGUGGAAGUAGAAGAAAACACGGAGCUGCCUGACUACUUGCCUGAGGAUGAGAGCCCCACAAAGGAACAGGACAAAGCAGUGUCCCGGGUUGGCUCACACCCAGAGGGUGGAGCUAGCUGGCUGAGCACAGCUGCAAACUUUUUAUCCAGAUCCUUUUACUGGUGACUUCAACUUCAGUUUGGGGCUCAAGGACUGUGCAAACAAACAAGGGGCCAGCUUUCCAUUGUUGUGGUGGACUGUCAAGUGCAAUUUGCAAUAAGUUAUCAUGAAAAGUUUCUAGAUUACAUGAUUGCAUAUGCUGCAUUUUACAUUUUAUUGGACAUUUUAUCUCACUGAAUGGUAAACAGUACAGAGGCUACAGGUGGAAUUUGUUUAUGAAGUAUUUUGGUAUUGUUUUCCUUUGCUUAAUUGCCUCACGUUUUUGAAAAAUAAUGGGUCCAUAGUUAAAACCAAACGUAUAUGUAGCUUUAUAGUCUAUUUUACAUGAAGCAUGUGAUUAGGAAAAAUGUAUCUUCUCAAGCCUCAGGAUCUUUCUGAAGAGAAGUUGUGCAUAGCUCAAGUUGUGCAUGAAUUGCUGAAUAUUUUUGUCAGCUUUUCUUCAUGAACGAUACAUGACGUGUGCUUUGGUACUCUUCACUGAAAUUGAAGCAUCUUAUUAGCCCCCUCUGUGCCUUUUUUUAUUUUGCCAACCAUGUUUAUAGAAAGGACAUUACUAAUGGCAUUUUGCAAAUUGAAGUAUAUUCAUUUGAACAUAGCAGUCCUGUAAAAACACAACUUUACAAAAAAUCUUUGCAGUCUUAUUUGCUAUAAUUUUACUAAGGUUAACAUAAAAUCAGUUAAGAAGAAGGAAACAUAGUAGCAAAGUGCUUUUGGAAAUAUUUGAAUGUGACCAAAUGUGGCUCUAGUUGACUACUGUUCACGUUGGUUUAUAGCAGCACUUGAGAAUUAAGUCCACCGUGUUACUUCGAGCAACUGCAAGUGGUCUCUCGGCCUUACUUACCCUGUGAUGACAUACUGUCCUGCUAGAGAAAAAUAAUAGUACAGAACUGACAAACUUGAAACAAGAAAACAAAAAUUCAAUGCCUACAAUGCUGUAGUGCCACUUUGGUGGAGUCUAACUUCAGACAUGAGCUUCCUGGCAGAAGCCUGUUGAGUAGGUGUUCUUUUAUUGCCUUUUGUGUGGCUAUUAUGAGAAUGCUGCAGUCACACUGAAUGAAAAAAGACCCCAAUUAAUGCUCAUAAAGAAAUGAAGCCAGCAUUGGUCCCGCAAUCUUAUUUCUCACAUCUAGCCAGAAAAAAAUGGACUUCACUGAAGGUAAGAUACAUAAAUAUAUACACAUAUAUGGGUGGUUUUUUUUAAGAUAAAAACUAUAUGUAUGUAAUGCUUUCUUAAAGUUCUAAAAUAUGUGGCAACUAAUCUUUUCUUUUUGGAAAUCCAGCUAAAUUUGAUAUAAUGUAAACAUGGUUAAAAACAGGAAGGAACUGAAUUUCAUUUCGUCACCACGUAGAGCUGCUAUUUUGUUACUUGGAGAAGGUGAAGUGAAAAUUGCCUCAGAAAAUUUCUUUGCAUUUUUGUUAAUUCUCUUUUAGAGAAAUUUCAAAGCAUCCAGUGUCACUGAAGAAAAAUAAUUGUAAAAGGAUUUUAAGGUCAUUAACAUUGUGACUUUGGGGAGCAAGAGGUAUUGAAGACAUUUAGAACAAUUAUUUUUCCAUGUGUCUGGUCUCUGUUUCAAGCGACACAAAUAGAAAGUACAGGUUUUCAGGGCCCAGUGCUUUAGUGUAUACUGCCACUUGCUGCCGGAACCAGAUGUAUUGAAAAAAGAAAACAAUAACACCUCCUUUCUAUAGCCAUUAAAGCAAAGUUUACUUUCUGUUUUAGCAGAUUUUUAUUUUAUUUUGCAUUAUCACACAUUUUAUUUAAAAAAAAAAAAAACCUAUAACCCUUUAUAGUGCUGCUUUAGUACAAGUAGAUAUUUCAGCUUGAUGUUUGUGUGUUCUAAGUACUCUUAUUCCAGAUCAUAUAGAACAGUUAAGGCAACUAGAAUGGCAUUUUUUGAACUAUAUUGUAAAAUAAUAAAAAGUAACAAUUACAAUUGAA